ACUGUGGCACUGCAGAGUCUUUAACCAAGCAGGACAGGCUGCAGCUGAAGCCUUUACACACAGAAGUCAAGGGAUCUAUGUCACUGCAGACAUGAGUAAAGUCUUGGAAAUUGAUCGCUGUGAUCUGGACAUAAAAAGCAAUCGUAGCAACCAUCAUACAGAGCUGUAUGGGGAGAAGCGUUUGAUUGUCAGACGAGGAGAGCCCUUCACCGUCAUUUUACAUCUGAAACCUGGCAGCAGAAAGUUCAAACCGGGUGAAACAAGCUUCACACUCGUUGUUGAAACAGGUCCGUUACCCAGAAAGGAAUCAGACACUCAGGUUUCCUUUGGCCUGCGUGAGUCCACAUUGGAAACUGAGUGGAGUGCAUCUGCCACUAAUGAUCCCUCUGGAAACAAAGUGUCUGUAUCUAUCAGUUCCUCGCCAAACGCCCCCAUAGGGCUCUAUUCUCUAACUUUGGACCAGGAUGGGCAGAAGACCAGUUUAGGAGAGUUCAUCCUUCUUUUUAAUGCUUGGUGCCACAGAGAUGCUGUUUACAUGCGCAAUGAGAUGAAGAGGAAAGAGUAUGUUUUAGAGCAACAUGGGCAGAUCUACAGAGGAAUGUAUACACGAAUCAAAGAGUUGGAGUGGAACUUUGGACAGUUUGAUCCAAGUAUACUGGAUAUCUGUCUCAUGAUCCUGGAUAAGAACCCAAAAUUUAUUGCUGAUGCUGACAAGGACUGUUCUGCCAGAAGAAACCCCAUCUACGUGACUAGGGUGCUGAGUGCCAUGAUCAACAGUAACGAUGACAUGGGUGUGGUGGUAGGGUCGUGGGGAAAGGUUACAGAUGGGGUUCGUCCAGGACGAUGGUCAGGCAGUGCGGACAUUUUGCGCCAAUGGGGAGAAAGUGGCCCCGUCCGCUAUGGCCAGUGUUGGGUCUUUGCAGCUGUUGGAUGCACAGUGUCCCGUGCCCUGGGCAUCCCAUGCCGAGUGGUUACUAACUUUGAAUCGGCUCAUGAUUGUAAUGCCAACCUGGUGAUAGAAAAUGUGUAUACUCCAAAAGGUGAAAAAAUAUCUCAAGAUUCAGUUUGGAACUUCCAUGUUUGGGUGGACAGCUGGAUGACCCGUCCUGAUUUGGGGCCAGAAUUUGAUGGGUGGCAAGCCAGUGACCCAACACCACAGGAGAAAAGCGACGGUGUUUUCUGUUGUGGACCAGUCCCACUCAGGGCCAUUAAGGAAGGGGAGCUGACCAAGAAGUACGAUGCCCCCUUUGUUUUUGCUGAGAUUAAUGCAAAUGUUAUCGAAUCGAUACGCUUGGUAACUGGAAAGACAAUAAUAAUCCGUGGAUCAACUGAGUCUAUUGGAAAAUGCAUCAGCACCAAAGCUGUGGGUUCAGAUGAGCGACGUGACAUCACACACGAGUACAAGUACCCAGAAGGCUCAGAGGAGGAGAGGAAGGUGUAUGAGAAGGCUAAACACCAAAACAUGCUACAGAAGCAACGAGAAGAGCCGGGGCUCCAUGUCAAGAUCAAACUGGCUAAAAACAUGCUCGUGGGCUCGGACUUUGAGGUGUCUGCUAUCCUGACUAACAACUACAUGGAAACAAGGAACUGCUCCCUUAUGUUCUUUGCCAGAGCUGUUGACUACAAUGGAAAACGAGGAGAUAGCUGUGGAUUUACUUCAGACAAAAUGGAGGUGCCCUCUGGAGAAGAAAAGCACCUGUCCCUAAGACUGGAGUAUGAGCAUUAUGGAUCAGUGAUCACCUCUGACAGGCUGAUCCUGGUGACAGCCACCGCCAUCGACAAAGAGGAUUACUAUGAAGCUAAGAAGACUAUUGUGCUAGACGAGCCAGAUAUUGAGAUCAAGUUGGUGGGAGAAGCCAUGGUGAACAAGUCUGUGACAGCAAUGCUGACCAUGUUGAACCCUUUGCCAGAGACGCUACGGGACUGCAGCUUUACCAUAGAGGGGAUCAGCCUCACUGAAGGCAAACCCAUAACACAGAAGAUCGGAACUGUGGGCCGCAAACAAGAAGCCAAAGCCAGCAUUGAGUUCAUUCCAACCCGUGUUGGCUCCAGCAAGCUGCUGGUGAACUUUGACAGCGACAAACUGAAUGACAUCAAGAGCUUCAUCAAGGUUGUUGUGAAGGGAUGAACCUGUACAGAAGUCUGACUUCCUGUGUGUGUGACUUCAGCUUUUGAUUUUGUUGUUACAGUGUACAGCUGCCCUUGGCAUUAUUUCCUUUAAUCCACUUAUCAUUUUAAUCCAUAUAUUAUACUACAAUAUACUAUACUAUUCACAAUAAUAAUUUCACAACUGAACUAUUAGCUUUGCAUUUGCAGUGCCUCUGUAAGUAGGCUGCAAUACUAUUAUUGGCAUAAACAUAAACUAAUUUAUUUUACUUGAAUUAUUAUUAAUUGUGAUCAAUUGGGUGUUUCAUUUUGAUUUACAUGUAAAUGUUACAAUGUUGCUCACCUUUUUAUAGGAAACAUUAUGUUAUUGGUGGUGAAGAAAAAAAUCAUUGCAAAUUGAAUAUAAAUUCAUUAUAUUAAAUAUAAUUUUGGAG